AAAUUGAAAUAAUUGAUCAUAAAGAAAAAUAUAAAGAAUUAUUUGAAUCUGAUACUACAAAAAAUAACGAGGUUAAUAUGGAUAUAGAAGAAAACUGGAAUUCACAAAUUGAAUCUAGCACAUCUCAUAUUCAGGUUCAAGAAGAAGAAUCAAGCGAAGAAGAUUUAUCAGAUAUUAAUUCUGAUGAUUCAAAUUAUACAUGUAGAAAAAAGAAAAGCAAAUCAGUUGUUGAUUCCGUUACUAAAAAUUUAAUAGAAAAAGAAUCAGCAGAUCUUGAACAAGCUAUUAUCCAAUCAAAUUAUGUAGAUUUAAGCAACAAAUCACAAGAUCGAGAAGAAUUUUUAUCAGAAUCAGAAUUGUAUGAAUCGGGUAUCGAGCUUGAUAUUUCUGAAGAUGUACUAAAAAAUUCUAAGAAACGCAAACAGAUUGAUGAAAAUGUUUAUCAAAAUUUUGAACAGAAAAAUAAAGAUAAUCCAGAAUUUAAACGGAUGAAAGAGAAACAUGAAUACACUUCACCAAAAAGAUGGUUAUCUCAUGCGUCAUUCGCUGCCUCACAUCAUAUUCAUCUCUGCGAAAGAGACUACGCUUCUCCCUGUUCAGAUAUUAAGAU